AUGGACAAAAUUACUACUUUCGAGCUUCCCAAGUGGAUUGAAAAACAAUCGGAGAAUGCGUCUCUGGUAUUAGCCGGAAGUGCAACUCCGGCUCUGUCAAUCCAGGACUUAAUCCAACUGUCCUCAGACAAGCAAACAACGGCCAACAACUUGUCCGUAGAGUCAAUGAAACUGACUCUGGGUCCGGGAAACGGGAGUGAGAAUCUUCGCCAGCAGAUUGCCGGGUUAUACGAUGAGAAAAUCACUGCAGAGCACAUCCUGGCUACAAAUGGAGCAUCAGGUGCCAACUCGCUAUUAUUCCAAAGUCUGCUUGGGCCCGAUGAUCAUGUCAUCGCCAUGUAUCCUUCCUAUACACCCCUUCUGGCCAUUCCAAAAGCCAAGGUCGGCGAAAAUAUAUCAUACUGGUCUCUCGAUAUGAACAACCAGGGCCAGGGUGACCUCCAGCAAUUGAAAGACAUGAUCAAACCAACUACGAAAAUGAUUGUCCUCAACAACCCGAACAACCCCCUCGGAACCAUCCUGAGUCUCGAAAUGCAGCACGCAAUCGUGGCGCUGGUUCGGGAACAUGGGUUAAUCCUUGUCGUUGAUGAGAUCUUCCGCCCAUUAUUUCACGACUCGACAAACCCGCCAUCUUUCGUGGAGCUCUCCGACGAGGAUGACAAGAUCAUCGUCACCAGCUCUGUGAGCAAAUCCUGGGGCCUGUCUGGUACCCGAGUCGGCUGGCUCGCGACUAAAAAUGUCAAGGUCCUAUCGCAAUGCCUCAAUAUGUGCCUCUACAUGAUCAUGGCAAUUGGUACAAUCGAUGAUGCUAUUGCUGCGGAGGCGUUGAGUGACCGAUGCUGGCCUCAAAUCCUGACAAAGCAUCUCGACAUGGCCUCAAAGAACCUCGCCAUCUUGGAAAGCUUUGUUGACAAGCAUGAGAGUGUUUCGUGGAUUAAGCCGAGCUCGGGAGCCACGGCUUUCGUGCGCUUCUCUUCCAAUGGCGUCCCUGUUGACGAUGUCGAGUUUUGUCUGAAGCUGAAAGAGCAGAAGGGCGUCCUGUUAGCUCCCGGAAGCCUUUGCUUUGGUUUGCCGGCUGCUCAGGAUUUCCGUGGAUUUGUUCGUAUGCAUAUCACAGGUCCGCCGGAGAAAAUGCAAGUUGGACUGGAUGCCAUUGGUGAAUUUUUGGACUGA